AUGGGAGAAGAGUGUGGGCAUCUGGAGCCGUGGCUGUUCCGGCCGGCUCUGGGGGAGGGCUGCCGUUUUGCCGAGGCCUUCACGCGGGAGACGGAGACCCUCACGAGAGCCCUCCAGAUGUCCUUCUACGGCGAGACCGGCGGCGGCGCCCUCCUCCCCCCCGCCGACAGCUCCUCUCACGGCGGCGGGUUCGCCUCCGUCGCCGUCGCGGCAGCGGAGAUCCUGCGCCGCCCCGCGGGGAAGAUAUCGAAGCGCAAGCCCCGCCCGUCGAGGCGGUCAACUACGACGUUCCUCACUGCUGACCCCGUCAACUUCCGGGAGGUGGUGCAGCAGGUGACCGGGGCCCACCAGUCCGGUGGGCGCAGGCCGGUGGCGAGGCUGGCGGCGCCGCCGGAGGGGCUCCCGCCGACGCUGGACACGUCGGCACUCUGGCUGGAGGCUUCUUCGGCGGCGAGUCCAUCCGUGUCGUGGGGCUCGCUCGGCUCGGGACUCGGAGCCGCGGUUGACUCGCCGUUGUCGUUACCCUUCGCCGAGGCAGACUCGUGGUGGUUCGAUCCGAAUCCUGUGUCGGAUCUUUCGCCGCGUUUCUAG